AUGGGCGAUGGGACAGCCCUGGAUACAAGUACGAAGCACGAUGCAGAUGUUGUACACGAAGUGACAUCAGAGGCCAAGUCACGGCAUGAAGCUGCAAUUCAUUCACUUAGCGCUGCGAUCGACGACGACAAAAGCUUCCCGACCGCGAUGCCAUGGAUGCAUUACGUUAAACUCUUACCUACACCCUCUGAUAAGAGAGCAGCGGCUCUUGCAUUGUUGGAGAUUUUGCGGCCUCAUAUCAUACUGACGAGAUCAUUGUAUAAGCGCACAGUGCCAGGACAAAAGGCACCACGGGAUCGCCUAAGACGCCGACUCCGGCUCUUGGGUAAGCACAAAGAUCAUAUCGUUGAAUAUGAGAAGCAGAUCAAAGCAAGUGACGAGACUCCCGGCACGGAUGCCGAGGAGGAGAAGGCGGAGCCCCGAAAAUCUUUCACCAACUUCGUUGAGAGGUCGCUUGCCAAUGAUGAGUACAUGGCAAAAGGUUGGUUCAGGCGCGUUGCCCCAAGGCUACCGCCGGAUGAGCAAACGAGGCUCUUUCGUGAAACGACCGCGAUACUGUUGGCGAAGGCACGAGAAUACGAAACUAGGGGCUCAGCAAAGAGCCUUCAGAAACGCACGAUUACUGCACUCCUGCACGACAUCGACCAAUCGUACCGACAGCUUCGAAUACUCGGGCAUGCAUCCAUCGAUACUGCGACGUUGAGGCGGCCCUUUAAUCCGUUCACAAGAGCCUCUCACUCUACUCUACGACAGGAGAUUCAAGAGAUGGAGCGUUGGCGCGCAGCUCAGAGUUCAUUCUAUAAUGAAACACUGGAGGACCUGAAGCCAACCACAAAGCUUGAUGGGAUGUCAAAACAUAUCCUUGAAAAGCAAAACAAGGUUACUAGCCUUAAGCUGCUCUUUUCCGGCGACUAUCUUGAGAGACUCCGUGCAGAAAACACGUCUGUGUUGUCAAUCGAGCCAGAGACAGACACGAUAGGUCAGCAGUUGGGCUCUAGUCCGGAGUUCACUCGGGCCCGUGGAGCUUCGAAACCCGUCAUGGUCAUGGUGCCGUACCAAGUCCAACACCACAUUCUGGGUGAUGUUCAUGAACGGUUCAAACGAGCCAUAUUCGUAUUUGGCCGACGUUAUUUUCCCGAUGUAAUGCAAGAGAAGAACUUGAAUGACCCCGAAGGUUUAUCUAUCUGGGACUUUGAAAAGCUCCUGAGCGAGGACGAACAUUGGCGCCACCUCUAUAAGAUCAUCCAGAGAAGGCUUGAAUCUCUUCGCUUCAUCCGCAAUGCGUAUGCACACGAGUUCACGGAGGUGAAUCUGGACCGUCUUGAGGAGUUGCUUGCUGAUGCUCAGAGCAUUGCUUGGCUUGUCGAAGAUAGCUCCCUCGUCAUUCUGACGCAAAAGUACAGAGAUCUGCUAACAGUAUAUGGCAAGAGGUAUUUAGAUGAGUGCGCUGGCCCGAGGCAGUUGGCCGCCCAGAGAUAUUCGGCCGCAAACAAGCAGCUCAAGAUUGCGAAAACUCGAUUGUAUCACUCCUGUACAUCAACCCACACGAAGCGGUAUCGGGCAGAGAAAUCACGUAUCGAGCGCAUACACCAGGAGUCAAAGGCCGCCGCCAGAGCAGAGUACGUUCAGUUUGAGCUGAACUUGGCUAGCGAGCUAAAGGCCUUUGCGCUCGGUUCGUCCAUUCGAUAUCGCUUGGGGUUAGGUGACUCGUCCUGGGCUGCUAGUCUGGUGAAAACACUCUAUGAAGAAUACGCAACCACGCACGAUAGCCCGACAACUGAAUCGACUGCCGAUGUCACCAAACACGCAGAGAACAUGCACACGCCCACCACUGUUUCGGGUACUUCGACUCCUAGUCCCCGAUCCUCGACCGCCAACGAUGAUAGCCCGGCUAGAUCAGCAAAGAUGAACGCACAGUGGCCACACAAGAAGCCUGUAAGGACUCUGGGUCACCGCCAUAGAUGGCUUGGUAUCACACGGUGA